AUUACAGAAACUAUACUCUUAUAUCUGUGUCUCUGAAGCCUUCCUUCACAUUCUUCUGUUGUCCUCUCUCUCUUUCAGUCUUCUCUCCUGCACACCAUUCUUUUCAAGUAAUUUUGAGUGGAGAAUUAGCAUGAAUGGCUAGAGAAGACAACUUGUGUUGUUACUUCCACCCAAAAGAGGUGGUUGUGGGUGUAUGUGCACUAUGUUUGACUGAGAGGCUGCUGGUUUUGGCUGCAAAGCAAGGUCACACCACUACUUCUUCAACAAGAGGAACUAAUAAAGCUAGAAAUGUGAACAACAACAACAGGCAAUCCACCAUCCACCUUCCAAAGAUCUUUGCUUUUGGUUCUUUCCUUAAUCGAUUCGAGUUCCGGCAUUGGAAAUCUGAUGUUUCUGAUCAUGAUGCCUCCACCAGUCCAGAAGACUCCUUUAUAUCAAUAAAGUUUGAAGACAAUGGGAAUCCAUCAUGGGAGAAGGGCACAGUUUCAAAGGUCUCACUUGAUCACUGCAGCAUCUCAUGGAACCACCACAGUUUGACCAAGGAAACUAGUAAUAAUAAUACUAAGAACACCAAGACAUCUGCUGCUGCUGCUGCUAAUGCAGUGAUAGAGCAUGCCAAACCUCUUAGGUGGCGAAAGCGGAUUGGUCGAUUGUUCCAGCUCAUCAGAUGGAAGAGUAGAUCCAACGGUGCGAAUGCGUGCCACGCGGGCAGUAAGGUUGAAGGGGUCAAGAUGAGGAAGAACUGGAUAAGAACUCUGACAAAGAGAAAGACAUAAGAAAAAAUAAAAGAGAGGGAGAUAUUUGUUUGUAACUUUGUAUAGAAGAAAGUGACACCCAACCCCCAAGCUUUUCCAGUUUUCCUCCACCACCCCAUAAAGUGUUUAUUAUUAUUAUUAUUAUUCUUAUUCUUAUUAUUGAUAUAUAUGUUAAGACUUGAGAGUCAAAAUUGCUUUUUCUCUGUAUUGCUUUUUUUUUUCCGUUGAUUUUUCUGCAUUAUUAUUCCUUAUAAAACAGUACAGGUUGUAAAGAUUGA